GAAAUGACAAUGGCUGAUGAAAAAAUACCCGACACAGCCCAGCAUUAUUUGGUGUGUGGCACAGAACUUUGUGAGAAAAGCUGCCAGAUUUACUGCAAUGACUGUCACCAACCAAUGUGUGAACAAUGCAGAAAUGAACAUCAGAAGAACCAAGAUACCAAGAACCACGAAGUGGUCCCUUACAAACAACGGAAACCAAAACUUCCUGUAGAAAAAUGCAAGUUCCACCCAACACGAAAUAUAGAAAUCCUUUGUAAAGACUGUAACAUGCCUCUAUGUUUUAAGUGUGUCGUCAAGAAAGGACACUCUGGUCAUAAACUUGAAGACUUGGAAGAAAUAUAUGCAGAAAAUUUUAAAUGUUGCCAGGAAGAAAUUUCCAAAAUCCAAAAAUUUUUUAUGUCAACUUCCCAAAACUUGAAAAUGGAGGUACAGGAGGAUAGAAUAAAUAUAAAAAAGGUUAUGAAUGACAUCAGAGAUUCUAUAAAGGCUGAUUCCGAGUCCCUCAGAGAGUUAUUAGAAAUGGUUACUUCAAAAAAAUUAGAAGAGGUCAAUACGAUAGAAAAAUCCAUUAUAGCAAUGCUAAAUUCACAAGAAACAACAUAUGACGAGUAUAUUAAAUAUCUUGAAAAUCUUGACAAAGAGUUGUCAAGCUUCCUGUCAUUAACCAACAUUAAAGAAUUAUUUUCUGAUGAAUUUGAAAAUCUAAAAACCAAAUCCAUACCAGACACACCUAAACCAGUCCUUCCAGUAUUUAGUUCUGGACAGUUUUGCGAUGAUGACGUUUACAAGUUACUUGGAAAUGUAUAUAUUCCAAAUAUUAAACCCGAUAAAAGAGAAAUAAAGCCCAUGGAAAAUUCUCUUACAUUGUUAAAAUCUACAGAUAAAAGAAAGCAAGAAGACAAAGAGAAGUCUAACGUGAAACAAACACUGUCAUCCUCUGUCAGCAAUGUCAAGAAGUACACAGUACCACAUGCUGACAGUGUAUUUCAUUUGUCACUGGGUAAAUCAGGCAGACUCUGGGUCAGUGAUAGUCAAGGUAAACUUCUCCAAACAGAUCUACAGGGAAAUCAGCUUCAGAAGAUAACAACCAAUGGUAAAGGUGAAGGCUACCACACAGUCACACAGGACGGUGAUCUGAUCUAUACAGACAAAGUAAACAGUGUCAUCAAUAGGAUAACAUUGGAUAAUACAAUCACUGAAUUCAUUAAAACAGGAGAAUGGGUACCACUCAGUAUACAUUCCUCACACAUCAACGGGGACAUACUGGUGGGAAUGUGCAUGGGUAGAGAAGGUAAAGUCACGAGGUACAACAAGACAGGGACAGAAAUACAGAACAUACAGCGAGACAAUGAAGGACAGAAACUUUUUAGUGCUAUACCAGCCUAUAUUACAGAAAAUAUUAAUGGUGACGUCUGUGUAUCAGACUAUCACAAAAAAGCAGUAGUGGUAAUGAAUAAAUUAGGACAACACAGGUUCUCCUACACAGGUCAGGGGUCAGGGAUUCUUCCCUAUGGAAUAUGUACCGAUGUACUCGGUCACAUCCUGGUGUGUGAUAGAAUCAGUGACACAGUCCAUCUUCUGAAUCAGGACGGUCAGUUCUUGUCUCUACUACUUACACCACAACAAGGGGUAACGUGUCCCCGUAGUUUGUGUGUGGAUGAUGAGAACAAUUUCUGGGUUGGACAAAUCUUCACCAACACAGUGACAGUGUACAAGUAUCUACAGUGAAAAUAACAUAUCCAUACAAUAAUUUGGUAUUAUGUGUUGUGAGACAAUGGAACAUGAACACAGAGUUAGUGUACAAGUAUCUACAGUGAUCAUUGCUUAACAUAAAACAACUACACAUGUGUUUGUAUGCGAGACAAUAUACAUCUAUGAUCUUCCUAUGUAAAUAUAACUCCAACACCGUGACAUUGCAAAAAAAUAUUAUUAACAUUGCUAUGCAAUCGUGAACAAUGUAGAUAUAUAAAUAGAAACCUGAUUAAACUUUCACAAGAAUAAUUGUGACGUCAUA